AUGAACUCACAAGCUAGGGAAGACUUAGAAAGUCAAGCUCUAGACGUAUCAGCAAGACAAAGUGAGCGUUAUGGUGCUUUGCCAAGCGUGACACCGGGAGAAAAGGUACGAAAGCCCUGGUUGCUUAAAUCAUUGCUGUUUUCUGGAGUAGUUAGUAUUUUAGGUUUUUUGGCAACUUACUGGGCCUUCCAAAGUGUGCCUUCGAUGGACUCGAUUGAGAAGUACUUUGAAGACGCUACUCGGGUUCAAAUAUACAAAAUUUCGUUUGUGGAAUGGACGUCAAAAGAGGCUUACGGAGAAGCAGGUUUUAGUGAUGAGGUUGAAUUCAAUGGUCAAGAUUUCCUGAAAUUGAAAGUAGAGCUGAGUGUUUCGAUCGAUCACGGCAGCCAGCAAGACAACAAUAUAUCAGGGAUGACCGAACGCCAAAAACAGUUAACGCGGAUUGUCAGUAAUCACUUGGCUGAAAUCUGCUUGAAGGGUACGAAUGUGACCACUUUUAAUGACAAUGAGACGGAUUCUGAGUUCAUUGCGCUGGCAAAAAUUCCAGAGCCGGUAUGCAUUGAUCUCCGGCAUAACGUUACAACGAGACUAGAAGUGCCAAUUUAUAUCAAACCUGACGCUAGAAAUGCUGCGUCUGUUAUCAUGAAAAUUUGGAGAAGGAAGUUUAAUGACUUUGAUUUGUGGUCCUCGGUAGCGACCUCUGUUGGCAAGGAAGUGUGGCGUGGACGUGAAGUUACAAUAAGCAAUAUUAAGUUAGAUCGCAUUGCCUGGAACGAUAUUAUCGACUGGGACGACAUCCAUCUGGGGCUCAUAAAGCUUUUAAAGCCGCUGCAGGAAGCGGUGCAAGUGGAGCAAGUUGAAAUUACUGAUAUUCACGACGGAUUUCGAUUAGAAAUCGGCGUUAGAACAAAUCUACCUGACACACAGAAGUGGUUGAGUUUUCCUAAUCAAAAAUAUUUACCUUCGACGACGUGGAAUGCCCGGUUACCAGAUUGUGAAUCGAAAUAUAGCAUUAGCUUAGAAAAUGCGACUUUUUCGAUUCCCAGCCUUCAGAUGCGAGAUUUCAAUGAUAAUAAUGGCGUGUUACGAACCACCAUAGUUGGUGAGAUCUCAGGACUUUUGCCUGAAGAUCUUCUUUAUAAAGUUUGCUCUUCUGACGAGGAAAACGUGGUGACACCCAUAAGCAAGCUAAUCCGUGGGGUGUUCAAUCAGACUGAACUCCUAGAUUUUGAGGUUGUGGGUCACGGCCUCAAAGCCUGCAACGAAAGUAUUGUUCCUUUGCAGUUCAUUGCAGAGUUGAUUCCAAUGAUCGAAUUUGCCUUGGGCGCCAAUUUCACUUUAGAUGCUGAUCAAAUUGUUGAAUGUGUGUCAAUGGAUGGGCUGGAAUUCAAGUGGGUCGAAAAAAACUGGGAGGAAAGACAACUGACUCUUCUAGGCAAUGUUGUUUCAAUUAUAAAUGUGCCCUUUUAUACUUUCUCCUCAUAUUCAGCCGAUGAGAGCAUUUCAAUCGACAGAAUCAAAGGAAUAACUAAACUGUAUCACAACGAUAUCCACUUCUUAACAGUUCCGGUAAGAGUGUGGACAGAUGCAGAAUCUGAGUUUAUUAACCAAUCUGGCUCCAAUACAACGCAACUGCGAGUUUCUUUUGACAUAGCUGGGAAGGAAGUUGAAGUCAUUGAUCACUUGGAGCUUACUCGAUGCUUCAAUGAGAUAAUCAUUCGGGGAAAGUCCGAAAUAUUUGUCGAGAGUACCUUGGAUCUUAUGGUUAGUACUAAACUCGGAGAUUUCGUUCUUUUGGGUCUAUGUGGAGAAGGGAAAACGGUAGUGAGAAAGGGUGCGAGAAUGGAUCUCGAUUAG